CAAGUAACUCAUUCUAUCAUUGAACAUUAGCAAUGAAAUACAGCUUCAGUUUCUCUCUUUAUUCCUCUUACUCUAUUUUCCUCCAUUACUAGUUCCACCAUUACAGUGUAAUAGCUAAAGUUUAACAUGGUAUCAAAGCCAUAGGUGUGAUUCUGCGGGUUUUCGUGUUGCAAAUAAGUUCAAAAUCGAACAAUUUCCUUCUGUAUUUGUUCGCGCAGCUGCGAUUUGAAGCACAAAUUGAGAAGAAAUAAUGGUGGACUCACAGACGCAAGUACCACGAACUGUUGAUACCUUGAGCUACAAUCACCCUCUGUAUCUCGGAGCUGCUGACACUCCCGGGGCAGUGCAGGUAGGGACGCAGCUUACGGGCAUGGAGAACUAUGCUCUCUGGAGUCGUCCAAUGAAAUUAGGGCUCCUUGUGAAGAAUAAACAGGGUUUCAUUGAUGGAACAAUGAAACGAGAUGAUUAUACAAGGAAAAUGGCCAAGAAAUGGGAUCGUUGCAAUGCUAUGGUGAUUUCGUGGUUAACCAGUAAUGUGAGUAAGCAUCUCCUUAGUGGAAUUUUGUUUUGCUCAAAUGCAUUUCAAGUUUGGACUGAUUUGAAGGAAAGGUUCGAUAAGGUGGAUCUCGCUAGGAUAUAUCACUUGCAUCGUGAAAUUUGUACUUUAACGCAAGGUGUUUCUACUAUAUCUACAUAUUUCUCAAAACUCAAAGAUCUUUGGGAUGAAUUUGAUUCGAUUGUAUCACCUCCUUCGUGCAAUUGUGAAAAGUCGAGGGACUACACAAGUCACUUGUUGAACCAGCGAUUGUUACAAUUCGUGUUAGGGCUUAAUGAAGGAUAUAGUCAGGCUUGGAGCCAAAUUCUUAUGAUGACUCCUACUCCUACUGUUAAUCAAGCAUACACGAUGUUGAUUCAAGAUGAAAGCCAACAGGCCACAACUGCAGGCAGUUACGUAGGAGGGGAAUGUGUUGAACCGACUGCUUUAUUCUCUGGAAAACAUCUUUAAGGAUAUAGAGGUGGUAGUUCUGGCUUUGGUAGACGAACUAAAGUUCCAAGCUUCGGAAAGGGAAAUUAUCAUGGGCUUAGUGGAGGAAAUUUUGGACAAACUAAUACUCAAGGUGGAAACAAUAAUGGCACCAACAGUUAUGGUCGAGGAAGUGGUUCCAAUAUGGGAACAAAUACACAAAACAACCAGCUGGGAUGUAUUGUGACUUUUGUAAAAUGAAAGGACACACAAGAGAAAUUUGUAACAAAUUGCAGACCUGUGAUCACUGUCAUAAAAUUGGUCACACUGCAGAUGCCUGUUUUCAGCUUAUUGGCUAAUCCAUCUGAUUGGAAAGGGAAGAAGAAGUCUAACUUGACAGUUGGAGAUUCAUCUGCUGGACUCAGUCAAGAACAAAAAAUCCGGGUGAUGCAGUGGCUAAAUAACUGCAAUUUGGGAAACAUAAGUACUAACUUGGCAGC